UUUGAUUUGUUUCCUCUCUCCAUUUGGGAGGACUUUAAAACACUGAAACUCAACCCUCCUCUUUUGGAGAGUUUCUGGAGGCUGGAAAGUAGGUCCUGGGACCUGGGUCCCUGGAGGGAGGGAGUUGUCGUCCAAGUUGGAACCGCUCAGUCAGUCCCGGGUUCCCGGGAGAGCCGGGCUGCUGGGGAUGUAUUUGGGAGUCAUUCAGUCCCCCGCUGCCUCCCGGUUUUCCGACCUCCGGAGGGGGCGUGCGCGUGUGCGCGCGUGUGUGCGUCGUGGGUGACCCGAGAGAGACUCAGUCUUGGAGCCGCCGAGUAGCCCCCGGUGCAGAGGAGCCUCACUUGCAGAAUUCCAGCCAGUCUUCGCCCCCCUUUUACAAUUUGGUCCCCCUUUAUACUCCCAUAUCUAAUUUUUGGAAUUUCUUUUUUCUUUCUCUUCUUUUCGCUAAACUACCCCGCAAAGAUUUAAAAACAAAAAUCUGAUUUGCUCACCUUUCCUUCCUAGCUUUCCCAUUUCCCAACUGAAAAAUCUUUAAACGACCCCCGCCCCUCCGACGGCAGGAGCACCUGCAGAGCCUCGUAGCCCCCGACCUCCCAGCCCGACCGCCCUCCCUCUCAGCGCGCGGGUUCCGGGCCCGGCGAGAGGGCGAGAGCGCAGCCGGGGCCAUGGAGGUGACGGCGGACCAGCCGCGCUGGGUGAGCCACCACCACCCCGCGGUCCUCAACGGGCAGCAUCCGGACACGCACCACCCAGGCCUCGGCCACUCCUACAUGGACCCGGCGCAGUACCCCCUGCCGGAGGAGGUGGAUGUACUUUUUAACAUCGACGGUCAAGGCAACCACGUCCCGUCCUACUACGGAAACUCGGUGAGGGCCACCGUGCAGAGGUACCCUCCGACCCACCACGGGAGCCAGGUGUGCCGGCCGCCUCUGCUGCACGGAUCCCUGCCCUGGCUGGACGGCGGCAAGGCGCUGGGCAGCCACCACACCGCUUCGCCCUGGAACCUCAGCCCCUUCUCCAAGACGUCCAUCCACCACGGCUCCCCGGGGCCCCUGUCGGUCUACCCCCCAGCCUCGUCCUCGUCCCUGUCGGCGGGCCACUCCAGCCCGCAUCUCUUCACCUUUCCACCCACCCCGCCGAAGGACGUCUCCCCGGACCCGUCCCUGUCCACCCCGGGCUCAGCCGGCUCGGGCCGCCAGGACGAGAAGGAGUGCAUCAAGUACCAGGUGCCUCUGCCCGACAGCAUGAAGCUCGAGUCGGCGCAUCCCCGCAGCAGCAUGACCACCCUGGGAGGGGCGGCGGCCUCAGCCCACCACCCCAUCACCACCUACCCGCCCUACGUUCCCGAGUACAGCUCCGGACUCUUCCCGCCCAGCAGCCUGCUCGGGGGCUCCCCCACCGGCUUCGGAUGCAAGUCGAGGCCCAAGGCCAGAUCCAGCACAGAAGGCAGGGAGUGUGUGAACUGUGGGGCAACGUCCACCCCGCUGUGGCGUCGAGAUGGAACAGGGCAUUACCUGUGCAACGCCUGUGGGCUCUACCACAAGAUGAACGGACAGAACCGGCCCCUCAUCAAACCCAAGCGAAGGCUGUCAGCAGCAAGAAGGGCAGGUACGUCCUGUGCAAACUGUCAAACCACAACCACGACUCUCUGGAGAAGAAAUGCCAAUGGAGACCCUGUCUGCAAUGCCUGCGGGCUGUACUACAAGCUGCACAAUAUUAACAGACCCCUGACUAUGAAGAAGGAAGGCAUCCAGACCAGAAACCGAAAAAUGUCUAGCAAAUCCAAAAAGUGCAAAAAGGUGCACGACACGCUGGAGGACUUCCCCAAGAGCAGCUCGUUCAACCCCGCCGCCCUCUCCAGACACAUGUCUUCCCUCAGUCACAUCUCACCCUUCAGCCACUCCAGCCACAUGCUGACCACGCCCACGCCGAUGCACCCGCCCUCCAGCCUCUCCUUCGGACCUCACCACCCUUCCAGUAUGGUCACCGCCAUGGGUUAGGGUCCCUGCUCGAUGCUCAAAGAUCUCCAGGCGAGAGUCCCUCCAGCCCCUUCUACAUGCAUUUUUGCAGGAGCAGUAUCAUGAAACCGAAACCCGAUGGAUCUAUAUGUUUUUGCAGGCAGAAAGCAACACGAUGUUUGCCACUUGGACAGAGGAGCCCGCUGUGGUGUCUGUGUUCUCACUCCCUGAAUCUGGAUACCAUUUGUGAAUAAGCCAUUCAGACUCAUAUUCCCUAUUGAACAGGGUCUCUCUAGUGCUGUGAAAAAAAAAAAAAUUGCUAAACAUUGCAUAUAACUUAUAUUGUAAGAAAUACUGUACAUUGGAAGAAGAAGACUUUAUCGCCUCUGUCAGGAAGGCACGAAGGACGCCAUGCAUUUUAAGGACGAUGGAAGAAAAUAAAGUGUGGAAAUUAAGAAGAAACUAGUUCUGAUAUCCAAAUGGACAAACUACCAGUUUUGUUUCCUUUUCCUGGUCACAGUUUGAUGCAUUAAAAGAAAAAAAAAAAAAAAGGAAAAAAAAAAAGAAAAAUGUUGUAGGCGAAUCAUUCGUUCAAAGCUGUGGGCCUCUGCGUAGGAAAUUCUAUCACUCCGGGCAACGCGUUACACUCCCAGAUUGCCAUGGAGGGUUCAGUUAGACUUUCCUAGGCCUCCAUGCUUUGUGAACAAGUCCCUGUAAUUGUCGUUUGUAUGUAUAAUUCAAAGCACCAAAGUAAGAGAAGUUGUAGAUUUAUUUCAUCAUAUUAUACAGACUGAAUGGUUGUACAAAUUUAUUUCCUGCUAGUGUUAAGAACUGCUUUUUUUGUGUGUGUGUGUUUCCGUUUUAAUAUUUUCCUUCUCUCUCAAUUUUUGGUUGAAUAAACUAGAUGACGUUCAGUUGACCUAAGGCGGUUGUGCUCCACAGGGCUGAUUUUGUUUUUCCUUUUUGUUCCUCAAUGAUAUUUAUUAAAUAGCUUCUAAGGGUACAA